AUGCACGGCGUGCUCGACAUCACAGUCGACGGCUCUAAAAUUAUUCCUUCGGGCGACUAUGCGCACGUCAGCAGCCACGACAUAAACACGCUAUUAAGUUUGGGUGGCGGCUUUAACAUGAAAUUAAGCGAUGAAACAGACCUCAACCGAAUUCCGUCUGACUUCCGGGACCCGAGUUGCCGUGACGAGCACUACGACUACGACGCACUCGACCCUGUGAGCGUGAUCAUCAUCUUCCAUAACGAAGGGUUGAGUAUGCUACUGCGCAGCGUCCACUCAGUGCUAAACCUCACGCCGCCGAGCUUAUUAAAAGAAGUCAUUCUCGUCGACGACGCCAGCACAGCUGCGCACCUCAGCGCGGAGAAUGGCUUCCUCGACCGAUACGUGCAACAACUGCCGAAGACAAAGCUCAUCCGCAGUGCUGUCCGUCGAGGAAUUGUAGGCGCACGGCUCGCGGGCAUCGAAGCCGCGUCAGCGCCGAUCUUCGUCAUUCUUGACAGUCACAUUGAAGUGCAGCAACAGUGGCUAGAGCCACUGACGUCGCGCAUUUCACAGCACAAAGAUUCCAUUGUGAUGCCCGCUAUCGACGGGCUAAACAACGCCACGCUGCAGUACAGCAAGGGAGGCAUUGGAUGUACGCUGGGGUUCAUCUGGAAAAUGAUGGAACACGCGUAUUCGCCUCACGACUUCAAGGAAACCACGCUGGAAUCUCGAUUGUCGUCGAAUCCGACGGACUACAUUUCUUCGCCGACCAUGGCAGGAGGACUUUUCGCGGCAAACAAAAACUUCUUCUUGAACGAGCUCGGUGGCUACGACAGAAAGUUCAGCGGCUGGGGUGCAGAGAACUUGGAACUCUCGUUCCGAACCUGGAUGUGCGGUGGCCGCAUUGAGUGUUCGCGCUGCAGCCGCGUGUUCCACAUGUUCCGCUCAGGCGGCUCCGCGUACUCUUCACCGCAGCACUCGUUGUCGAGAAACAAACUGCGGUUGAUCCACGGCUGGAUGGACGAGUUCCAAGAUUUGGCGCUAAAAACUUCGGGUCUUGGACGCCGUGCCGACUACGGGGACAUUUCAGAGAUCGAGGAGCUACGGAAGCGCAAGCGGUGCAAGAGCUUCUCUUGGUACUUGAAUAAUGUGUGGCCGGAGAGCUUUGUGCGCGAUGCUAACGACGUGCCCUACCUCGGCAAACUGCAAAACUUGGGCACACAGCUCUACCUGGAAGUGCGCGACGCGUACAGCCCUGCCGCGCAGCACUACUCGCUGGGAACGCGCGGCGACGAGUUCAUGUACUUCAAAAGGCCGAAAUUCGUGAUGCCAGUCGUGAACGACGAGGCGUGUUUGUCGAGCUCAGACCUCGAAAACGGGUCUUGGUGCCAUUUUUUACGCGAGAACCAGUUCGACGUGCAACCUUUCUCUGUCGGUGUGAGGCUACAGACUGCCGACGGCAAGUGUUUAACCGCAAACAAGACUACUGUCACUCUCGCCGAGUGCAUCAAUGCACCGCACGAUGGGAAUCUGAAUGACUUGGAACGCGCUCAGGUCUGGAGUUGGCCUGGAUAUGAAAUUGCAAAAGCUUAG